UUAUUCUCUCAGUAAGAAAUUGUAAUAUUUUUUCACUUAUAUUUCUGUGAGAUGAUAUUUUCUCAACUCUAAUUUUAAUUGUGUGAAACUAUAUAUCUAUUUGGUGGAGGCGUGGAGAGUGUGCAUGUUUAUGACAGAUUAAUGAUGAAAAUUCGAAAACAAGAUCGUUUUUUUAGAUUCUUGGUUCUUUUUCUACCCUUCCAGCAUUUCCACCCUUUCUUUAUUCAACUUGGUUAUUUCGUGAUCCUUUCUCUGGUAGGUUACUUGGGUCUCAAGGUCUCAAAGCCAAGGACCCCCGUUAUACCAAAUGACUUGAACCUCUUUUACACCUCUGUUUCUGCUUCCACUGUUUCUAGCAUGGUUGCCCUUGAAAUGGAGCUUUUCUCCAAUUCCCAACUCAUUCUCCUCACCCUUCUCAUGUUUCUCGGCGGGGAAGUUUUCACUUCCAUGCUCGACCUUCUAUUUGCUACCUACAAAUUCCAAAACAGAUCAGUUAUCAGCACCAAUCAAAUAGAACUUGGUUUAGUUUCUAUUCCUGACUCAAAAUCAGAAAAUUACCACAAACCGAGUGAUGAUAGUAAUAUUAACGACGACAGUGAUAGACUUAAGUAUAACUGUCUUAGUUAUCUGACUUUUGUAGUUUUAGGUUACCUAGUGGUGGUUCAAUUUGUUGGCUUUAGUUUCGUGUCUUUGUACAUAACUUUGGUACCGAGUGCAAGACAAGUACUGAAAAACAAAGGCAUUAAGAUUGUAACGUUUUCUUUGUUUACCAUAGUUUCCACGUUUGCUAGUUGUGGUUUUGUCCCCACCAACGAGAACAUGAUGGUUUUCAAGAAGAAUUCGGGACUUCUUCUCCUUGUCCUCCCACACAUCCUUCUAGGUAACACCCUUUAUCCACCAUGUUUGAGGCUUCUGAUAAUGGUUUUGAAAAAGGUUACAAAAAAAGAGGAAUUCUCGUACUUGCUGAAGAAUUUCAAAGACGUGGGUUAUGAUCAUAUGCUCUCUGCUCUUCAUUGUUGCCUCCUGGUUGUUACUGUCUUGGGUUUCAAUCUUAUACAAUUUGUGAUGCUUUGCUCUUUGGAGUGGAACACCAAAAUCAUGGAGGGUUUGAAUGUGUAUGAGAAAGUGGUGGCGUCUUUAUUUCAAGUAACAAAUGCGAGACACGCUGGUGAAUCUGUUUUUGAUCUCUCAUCCAUCUCUUCAGCCAUAUUAGUACUCUUCGUUGUUAUGAUGUACCUCCCACCAUACACUACAUUUAUACCAGUAAGAGAGCACGAAAAUGAUGUCAAGAGAAACAAAAAAAGCGUAGUGGAGUGUCUUGUAUUAUCUCAACUCUCUUACUUGGUCAUUUUCAUUAUUCUGAUUUGCAUCACUGAGGGUAAGAGCUUAAAAGAGGAUCCCCUCAACUUUAAUGUGUUUAACAUCACCUUAGAAGUCAUCAGUGCUUAUGGGAACGUAGGGUUCUCAACGGGAUACAGCUGCGCUAGGCAAAUGAAAGCCGAUGCCAUGUGCAAAGAUUCAUGGGUUGGAUUCUCGGGUAGGUGGAGUAGCAAAGGCAAGUUCAUCCUUAUCUUGGUCAUGUUCUUUGGGAGGCUCAAGAAACUCAACAUGAAAGGUGGCAAAGCCUGGAACCUCUCCUAACAGAACCCUUGCCGCAACAAUAUGAACACUACUUUCUAGCUAGCUAAGUUUGUUCUCGAGCACCAUAUAUGGCCUUCACUACUGCAUGUAUUAAGAUAGAUUUAGAACUUUUACUGUCAGAAAGCUCUAGAAGAUGGGAAAUUGUUAUAUGGUCCCGGUCACCAUAUUUCCAACAAAUUUUAAUAAUCCAACUAUGUAUUACAUAAAAAUAGCUUGUAAAUAUGGAUGUGUAGUGGUCCGAGUCCAUAAAAUAUUUUCUCCUAAUUAAAAAGAUAGUGAGAUUAUACUUUCAGAAACAACAUCAAUGUAUAAAUUGAUCAAACGUAGAAGCAUCUCUGGAUAUGCAUGGGGUCUAUCCUUUUG